AUGAGGGCCCAACCAGAGCAAGAAAACAAAAACACCACCAGGCCGCAGAGGGGGACAGCCGGGGUCAGUCAUUCCCAGGGCAGGGAGAGGCAUUCAUUCACUAAAUCUCUCGCCUCGGCGGCUCGGCCUCCUCGGCUCCUCCUCACCUCGCCGCCUGCUCGCCAGACGCCAGCCGUCGGCGCCGCAGCCCGCACCGGGCAAGAUCAGGGCGGCGGAGCCUGCCCAUUUCGACCCCCUGAUCCGCUCCGCCGAGGACCAUAUAAUUCCAAGACCCCGAUGAUGGCCACAACUGCUUAUAUUGAUGAUUCCUGUUCGGAGGUUAUUGAUCCCCCAAAGACUGAGGUACUGGAUGUUGCUGAACUCCCUGGUGACCAUACUCAGCACCCACCCAAACCGAAUGUGGUGGUGUCUAGCAGUGUGCGUGAACUUCUGGAAUGUCCAGUCUGCUUGAGUGCCAUGUAUCCUCCUAUUCAUCAGUGCUCUAAUGGUCAUACCUUGUGUUCCGGGUGCAAACCAAGGGUUCAUAAUCGUUGCCCAACCUGUAGGCAUGAACUUGGUAACAUAAGGUGCCUUGCUCUCGAGAAGGUGGCUGCAUCUCUUGAAGUUCCAUGCAAGUACCAGAGCUUUGGGUGCUCAGGCAUUUAUCCUUACUACAGCAAGCUGAAGCAUGAGUCACAGUGCCAAUAUAGGCCUUAUAGUUGUCCAUAUGCUGGAUCUGAAUGCACAGUUGCCGGUGACAUUCCAUAUUUGGUAAAUCACUUGAAAGAUGACCACAAAGUUGACAUGCACAAUGGCUGUACCUUCAACCAUCGCUAUGUAAAGCCAAACCCUCAUGAAGUUGAGAAUGCUACCUGGAUGCUUACGGUUUUCAGCUGCUUUGGCCAGUACUUCUGCUUACACUUUGAAGCCUUUCAGUUGGGCAUGUCACGUGUCUACAUCACCUUCCUGAGGUUCAUGGGAGAUGACACAGAAGCAAAGAACUACAGCUACAGCCUGGAGGUAGGGGGCACCGGGCGCAAGAUGAUCUGGCAGGGGGUGCCCCGGAGCAUCAGAGACAGUCACCGGAAGGUCCGGGAUAGCUACGACGGGCUCAUCAUCCAGAGGAACAUGGCCCUGUUCUUCUCGGGCGGUGACAGGAAGGAGCUCAAGCUGCGUGUCACUGGGAGAAUCUGGAAGGAACAAUAA